AUGAUUACCGUUGAGACUGUCAUUGCUGCAACCCCGAUCUUUGUGCGAGAUAUCUUUGUCGACUUUAGCAAGCUCCACGCAUGGCAUACUUCCGGCUGGAUCAAGUCAAUCCGGUCACUCACACCUGGAAAAACCUCGGGCGGAGAGUUGGUUGUUGGCGAUAAGAUGCGGAGCGAGAUAGCUGGGAUGUCAUUCAAUCAGACAGUGUUGGAGAAUACACCGACCACCUUCCGCUGGGUCGGACCAUGGUACGGCGUCCUCACCGGCACCCACAUCUUCACCUUCCUCCCUCACCCCACGCUCGCUGACCACACCAUCUUGACCCAGUCGGAGGCCUUCACGGGUCUGCUCAGCUACUGGAUGGAGAGCCCGGACAGUAUGGGCGGGAAGAAGACGCUGAUUGCUUUUGAGGGGGUCAAUGGAGAUUUGAAGCGGUACGCAGAGAAGGAGUGGACGGGCAUAAGCGAGCAGCGAUGA